AUGUACACCUUUUAUGACAUAACCCAACUGAGCACGAAUGGCGAACAAACCACAACCUCUAUUAAUCCAUUAAAUAGUAAACGUGCAAUUGUGGCCAAGACCACAGAUGGUCGCCGCCAACAACUUUAUUGCAUGCGUUCUGCCUCUUUCAAGUCAUUCAAUCGUAACAGUAGAACUAGUGCUGAUAGUGAGGAGACAACAUCGUCCUCAUGCCACUCACUUAAUGCGUUGUCCACAAAGUUUCCAAGACAACUUAAACCGACACAUCAGUCGGUGGCGAUGGCAACAUCUGGCCUGCAGCAGCGACAAUAUCAUCAGCAGCAGCAACAUCAACCACCAUACAUGUCAACAAAUGAUGGAGGCGGUGUCGGUGGUGGUGGUUGUGGCACAGAGAAGCGUAAACUGAAUAGCUCGCCAAGUUUACGCAUAACUGAAUCGGCAUUGAGAAGAUCGAACAUAGAAAAAACCUUGGAAAGCAAAAAACGUGUUGUGAAAAUGCUCUUCGUGUUGGUACUGGAAUUUUUCAUUUGUUGGACACCGCUUUAUGUUAUCAACACACUGGCCAUGUUCAUCGGUCCCGCAACAUACGAGUACGUCGACUAUACAACGAUAAGUUUCCUACAAUUGCUGGCCUAUUCAUCGAGUUGUUGUAAUCCAAUUACGUACUGCUUCAUGAACGCCAGUUUUCGACGGGCAUUUGUCGACACUUUUCGUGGCAUACAUUUGAAUGGUGGAACAUUUUGGCAUAAAAACUCCAAAACAGCAUCGGCAGCAGCAACGAAUCUAUCAAUGGCUGGCAAUUCAAUUGCAAUGGGUAACAGUUGUACAGUGGUUACGGCUAAUACCGUAUUGGAUAGUCCAAGACUUUGA